CUAAAACGCCUUACCCGAACCGGUGAAAGCGGAGAUAGAAAAGAAGCUUUCUUUCUCUAGCAAUGGAAGCCAAUCUCUGUGCAUUUCUAGGCCUUCCAUCUCCAGACUCUUGUAAUCCAUCCCACUCAAUAAUCCAAAAUGACUUCACCAAUCUCUUCACUCACCUCUCCUCUCCCUUUUCCACCCAAACCCCACAAAAAACCACAAAAAACCACAACAAACCCAUCGCCAAAUCCCUUCAAUUUGCUUCCAAUUCUCUCUCCUCAAACCGCAAAACAACAUCGGAUUUCUCCAAAUGGCUCAAACCCACUUUAAGGAACAGCCCCAAAGUCCAAACCCUCAUGAAGAACCUCUCUGUCUUUGAACGAGCACUAAUAGGAGCUGGAGGUGGUGGCAUAGCCGGUGCAUUUACUUAUGUGUGCCUGCACCCGCUUGAUACAAUCAAAACAAAGUUGCAAACAGAGGGUGCAUCUCAGGUUUAUAGCAGCACAUUUGAUGCUAUAGUCAAAACAUUUCAAGAAAAAGGGAUUUCAGGGUUUUAUAGUGGUGUAUCUGCAGUCAUUGUGGGUUCUACGGCAUCAUCAGCUGUGUAUUUUGGGACUUGUGAAUUUGGGAAAUCAAUUUUAUCCAAAUUAGAGAGAUACCCAUCUGUGCUUAUCCCUCCUACUGCUGGUGCCAUGGGAAAUAUUGUAUCUUCAGCUAUUAUGGUACCAAAAGAAUUGAUAACUCAAAGAAUGCAAGCUGGUGCUAAAGGCAGGUCAUGGCAAGUAUUGUUGAAAAUAUUAGAAAAAGAUGGUAUCUUGGGUCUAUAUGCAGGGUACUCUGCUACUUUGUUAAGAAAUUUACCUGCUGGUGUACUAAGUUAUUCUUCAUUUGAGUAUUUAAAGGCGGCAGUAUUAAGUAAGACUAAAAAGAGUCAUUUGGAGCCUAUUGAGAGUGUAUGUUGUGGGGCAUUAGCUGGGGCAAUUUCAGCAUCAAUAACAACACCACUUGAUGUGGUUAAGACAAGAUUGAUGACACAGGUGAAUAAGGAAGUGGUGGAUAAGGUUGCAGCUGCAAUGUAUGGCGGGGUUUCUGCAACUGUUAAGCAGAUUUUGAAGGAGGAAGGCUGGGUUGGAUUUACUAGAGGAAUGGGUCCAAGAGUGGUUCAUAGUGCAUGCUUUUCUGCUUUGGGGUACUUUGCAUUUGAGACAGCUAGACUUACUAUUUUGCAUCAGUAUUUGAAGCACAAAGAGUUGCGUGAAUUGGAUGUUGCUCCUGCUUGAUUAAUGGCUAUAAAUCGAGUAUUAUGUGCUAUUAUUGGUGAUAAUUCUUAUCCUUUCUAUUAUGGCUUUGUUUUUCUUAAAGUAAGUUAUAUAUCAUUCUUUCUUUAUUGUACGCAUUUUGAAUAAAGAAACUUAGACAUAUAUUAGCUUUUCCUUUCACAGAAAGGUACAAAAACAAUAGCUUUCAAUAGUACACUGAGUUUUGGUUUUGCUAUCGUUUCUUUUACAGUUGCAAAAGUUAAAAAUAGAAAUAAAACAGCAAGCUAAGCAACAAUGAUUCAGUUUUGGCUUGAUUAA